UUACGUGAAUUAUUUCAUGAUGUUUUUGACACCAUUAUGGUUCCUAAAUAUAAACGACCACGACGGCGUACAUCUUUUAUAUUAACUGAACCACCACCUGAAGGUUUUCCAGAGUGGGCAAUAGUUAAUGAGGAAGAAGAGGAACAAGAGGAGGAACGAGAGGAAGAAGAGGAAAGAGAGGAAGAAGAGGAGGAACGAGAGGAACGAGAAGAAGAGGAGAAACGAGAGGAAGAAGAGGAGAGAGGGGAAGAAGAGGAGAGAGAGGAGGAAGAGGAGGGGGAGGAAGAAGAGGAGAGAGAGGAGGAAGAGGAGGGGAAGGAAGAAGAAUUGAAUAAAAAGAAAGAAAAUAAAAAACGGGAUAUCACCACUCCAAUUGAAACACCUAGAAAGAGACAAAAAAAAUAA